AUGCCGACACUUUAUUAUACAUUGGAUAAUGCAGUUUUUCGAAAUUUUUUAUUUUAUGCAGUAGCAUCAAUUCUUAAAAUGAUGAUAAUGUCACCAUUAACUAGUCGACAACGAUUUGAAAAGAAUGCAUUUGCAAAUCCCGAAGAUAUUCCACUAGAUGAGAGAAAAACAAUUCAAACAACUACAUCUGAUCCAGAUGUUGAACGUAUUCGUCGUAAUCAUUUAAAUGACAUUGAAAAUAUUAUUCCAUUUGUAUUAAUUGGAUUUUGUUAUAUUGCCUUCGAACUUCCAAAAGGCAAUGGCAUUGUUACUAGAUAUCCAUUAGUAUUAAGAUUACGAAAAUCUGAUGAAAGACGAGUCUAUCGUUUACACGAUGAUAGUCAUGAGAAUAAAAAAGAGAUUCUGAAUGAAGCAGAUUUAAAUAUACCACGAUACAUUGAAGAAGAAACUAAGAAGUUGGCUGGUGAUAAUAAAAAUGUUGUUAGAAACAUUAUUGAAUUACAGGUUGAAGAUCCUGAUGUGCGUGAUUUAACACUCGUUGAUUUACCUGGUAUUGCACAUAAUCCAAUAGCUGGUCAGCCUGAAGAUAUUUAUGAACAAACAAUAAAUUUAAUUCGUGAAUUUAUUACACAAGAAGGUAGUGUUAUUUUAUGUGUCUUUCCGGCUAAUGUGGAUAUUGCAACAGUUCAAUCAUUCAAAUUAGCACGCGAAUUCGAUCCAACAGGAAAACGAACAAUUGGUGUAAUAACAAAAUCUGAUUUAGCUACUGAUCAAGAUAUGUUAGUACAACAACUGCUAAUGGAUAGACAUGAUGUACUUCAUCUAAAACUCGGUUUUGUUGCCGUUCGUAAUCGUACUACAAAGGAAAAUAUUUCUCUACAGGAAGCUCACGUAAGAGAAAAAGAAUUUUUCGCUGAACAUCCAGCGUCAACUGCUGCUGGAUGGGAUUGUGUUGGCAUUAAGUCCCUAAUUGAUCGUCUCGCGACUGUGUAUUCUGAUCGUGUGAAAGAAAUGUUUCCAAAAUUGAGACAGGAUAUACAAGCUCGGUUGAAAGAUGUCAAACAGCAACUAUCGAAUUUACCUCCACAUUUACAAACACCUACAGAACGUGUAGUCGUGUAUAAUGAAACAGUUGACUUAUAUGUCGAAAAGAUAUUAAAAUCCCACCUGAUGACUUCGAAUGAUGCUCGGCAAGGAACAGUGACACACAUUUUACAUAAAAAAUUUGAAUCCUAUCGAUUAACAGUAAGAAAACAACGAGGAGACUUAUUUUCGCCUGCAUAUUGUUCAAAAGUCGAAGAAGAAAUGAAAGGAUAUUCUGGAGACCAAUUACCAAAUUUUCUGUCUAGUGCAAUCUUGAAAAAAUUCGUAACAGAAAACCUUGAUCAACUAUGGAAUGAAACAGAAAAACUCAUUCUCGAUUGUUUUCGUACGACAAUGAUCCAACUGCGAAAAGCUGAAGACGCAGCAUGCAUAGACAAUCCUUUGCUAGCUAAAUUGAUUAACUUAUUUCGCGAUGUUUGCUCUUCAUAUAUGAAGGAAAAGAAAGAUAAGGUACAGGAUCAAUUAAAGGAACUAGUUCUAUUGGAGGAACAUGAACCAUAUACAAUUAAUACUGCUUAUAUGUACAGGUCGAUUACGUUAUUUUUAAUAGUUUUGCGUCGUUUACUGUAUUUAUGCACCGCAUCAAAAAAUUUUUAUUUUACCGCAGUUGGAUAG